UACACCUGCCCGGCCAGGUAAAACUGAUAAGUUUUGUCAAACGCACUAUCGCCAUUCGCUCGUUUCGUUAUUCCCAAGCGAUACGCGGCGCCUGUACUCGAUCCUGACGACGGGAUUCUUCGAAAAUCACUCGAAACGUCGUAAUUAUCGGUCGGUGCGAGAGAAAACGAGAAGAAAACGGUGAUAACUCGGUAUUUAGCCGGUAAAUGCCGGCACAGAUUGACUGUGAUUUGCGAUAGGACCGGAAAGAGUUCUUCAUGAUGUAAAUAGUAACAGAAAUUGAUCGGAUUUAUGGAAAAAAGAAGAAUCAUGACAGAAAAGUGGGGAAAUAGUGUCAAAAGAAGUGAUUCACAAUCGAUUGAUAAAAAAUGGAAAGACUCGGAACCUAUGUACAAACCGAAACUACUGACCCAUUCGCCAUCUUUGAGGGCAAUGAGGAACUACAACGACCUCCCGAUUGACGGUACUUCCCCUGGAACAGGACAGGACAAUCAGGGAUACGAGGCGGACUUCCAAUACGAGUACUACAUUCAUCCAGACUAUACGGUGAACGAUGGCAGCAAUUCCAAAACCUCGAACUACGAGUAUCCCACGAUGAGUACCGUGUCCCUAAAAACGGUCUCUGGUGGAUCUGAACUGAACUCCAACGUGGACACUGCCGAAAUGGGGUCUUCUGUCAAAUUAGUUACUGAAAAAGUGGAAAGAUCGUGUCAAACAUGGUGUUCCCAUAUUUCUACCAUUAUCUGUACCAUAUCCAUUGCAAUGGGCCUAGGGAACCUCUACAGACUGCCCAACGCCACCCUAGUUCAUGGAGGCUUACCCUUUUUGGUGAUCUACGCCAUAUUAACUGUGAUAAUUGGCCUCCCCUUACUGUUCCUCGAAUUGGGCGUUGGCCAAAUGGCCCAGGAGGGCUUCAUUAAGAGUUGGAGAGCCGUGCCAUUUUUUAAAGGUAUAGGAUACAUUAAGUUGCUAGCUGGUUGUUUUUUAAGUAUCUACUACCCCCUGUAUAUGGGUCUUGCCAUAAUGUACCUUAUCUGGGUCCUGAAAGGUACUAUUCCUUUUGCCGAGUGCAACAAUGGCGUGGUCAUAACCGAAGAUGGAUACACGGCAACACCUAAAAAUGGACAGGAGUGUCUCAGGAGUACUUUUAUUAAAAGACCUUUUGAGGACCCUGUAUAUUUUGGAAUAUACACUGCAGUGUUGUUUUUCAUUUGGGUAAUCGUUACUUUAAUAUCAAUCAAACGAACUAAGAGCUAUAUAAGGUCAUUGUUAGUUUUAUUUUUCCCAACUUUGGCAUGUUACAUAGCUUUGACGACAAAAUCUAUACUUCUGGAGUCGGAAUUGUCCGUUUUGUGGAUAUUUUUUCAAAAUGUAGAUUGGAGUUUGCUCGGUAAAGCUGAGAUAUGGUAUUACGCUACUAUACAAAUAUUUUUUUCCACAAACAUAGGCUUUGGAUCAUUCGUUACCAACGCUGGGAUAAUGUAUAACAAAGUGAACCCAUUAUGGACUGCUCUUGGUUAUAUAUCAACGAAUCUUCUUUUUGGAACUGGCACUGUGAUUAUAUCAAGCAUUUUAACUCAAAAUGUCAACCUGUCUUCAUCAUCCAAUCCAGAAAUUACAGAAGUGAACUUGUUUGCGUCCAUCUAUGACUCAAUUCUUGCGAAAAACAAUACGGAGUUCACCUUCUGGAUGAUAGCUCUGUAUUUGCUGUUUGUGUUUUCGGGCCUAGUCAGCAUGGCUACACUGACCUAUACUUUACUCAAAGCAAUAUACGGUCAUGAUGGAAUCAGGUUAAAAAGAUGGCAAACAAGUCUUAUUUUCGGAUUUUGUGGAUUUUUCUUCGGAACUUUGGUACUAUUACGGUACGACUUUGAAUUAGUACGGUUACUAGAUCACUACGUAGUGGGAAACUUGAUUUUGGUCACUGUAGUGAUCGAAGUUAUAGCUUUUGUAGCUUUUUAUGGUACUACAAGACUUCAAUCUGACUUUGAAUUCAUUCUGGGUCGACUUUUGUCGAAAUUCUGGCUGUUUUUGUGGUGGUUCAUACCCAUUUUCCUUACUGCCAUCUUCGUAUGGGGUUUGGUAACUCUACCAUUCGAAGGUACAUACAAAGAAGACUCAAUUUGGUUGUACGCAGUCGGCUGGAGCAUGGUACUCAUAGCUUUCCUGUUUGUUUUUGUCAUGGGAGUAUUUGUCAUGCGGAAGCAAGAUGGAUAUACAGCAGUAGACAAACUGAAAGCUUCUCUGGAACCAUCCCACAACUGGGGUCCCAAAGAUCCCAUGUUGCGUCAUGAAUGGGUCCAGUGGAACACGAAAAGCCAGACCGGUGAACGGGACUUCACUCUGAAACGACGCGGUACCAAAGAUUAUACCAGGACCAUCAAGAAGAAGGCUAAGAAAGAAGCUAGAGAAUUGACAGCCAUGUCAAUUGCUGGAGCCUACUUUCAGAGAGAUGUGAAUUCUUUGGGUAGACCCAGCAAUAAUAAUAUCAGUAGUAUCAGGAUUAAACCUAGACUCAGCAAUGAAGGAAAUGGUAUUAAGGAGAACAAUAGAUUGAGUAAUGGAGGAAAUUAUGAUGAGUUGUACUAUGUUAGUAGUGAAAUGAAGAAUAAUAUAGAUACAUCACCAGAAAGAAAUUCACUACAGAAAGACAUUGCCAGAAAGUACAAUCACCAUCACCAUUCAAACAGAAACACCUAUCCAGAGUACCACACUAAGGAGUACCAGGAAGAACACGUUCGUCAGAGUUAUCCAGUAAAAACUUCGAAAAAAAUCCAGGAUAGUGACGACCAUUCUGAAGGAUACGGUACUUUCAGGAAUAAGGGACCUUAUGUCAUUGAAGGUGACGAUAUUGGUCACGUUUGUUACAGGAAAUACAGUAAAGAUGAAGAAGUUACAGAGUUAUAACUAUAAAAAAAACUUGAUGGGAAAGUUAUUUUUUCAAAGUUCCAGAUGAAAA